CACACCCACGCCAUAUGGGAACUAAACUCAUUUGAAUCUAAACGUACCGACAAUCGCGAAGUUCAGAAGGAUGAAGACGUGUUUAAUUUUCGCUGCUUUGAUUUUUAUAUCAAGGCAUUAUGAAGUAUUUUGCGACGACAAGGAUUCGAUGGAGAAAUUCGAAGAGAGUAGUUUAACAAGUGAAGUUGUUAGACUUUUGAACGGAACUUAUUUCAAUCUCAACGAAAAAGUAUGUCAGCUACAAAGGAGAGUCGAUGCUAUUAUAGGAAUGACAAACUCAACCAGUCAGUGUCCAUGUAACAAUACGGAAAUCCUCGAAUUCAAGAGGUCAAUAACCAACGAACUAAAUGACUUUUCAAAAACACUGUCAGGAUUUGAAAAUGAAAUUCGUAUUUUGAAAAAUGAGCAGGCUGAGCUACGAGAGAUACUGCAGGGCGGAGGUGACAGCGACGCCAGUACUACAACUACUACUCCUACUAUGACGACGACGACCAGCACCAGUACCACCGCGGCACCAGAGUGUGACGAUAACUGGAUCCUGUCACCGGGAGGAAAGUGUUACUAUGUCUCCUCAUCCUCUGAGAAAACUCGGUGGAGUAGAGCUAUUAAUCGGUGUUCUGACAUGGAAUCAAAAUUAGUGGAGUUCAAAACGGACCAGGAGGCACAGUUUGUGAUGCGAAAUCUGCCGUCACGUGUUUCUACACGUGACAUAGUAUAUACCGGACGUAAGAGAAAUGAUGCGGAUGUGUGGGUUUUCCUCAGUAACGAUGAACCCGUCGAUACAGCGGUGAGGACUUGGGGUAGUGAUAACCCAGAUGGAGGGAGUCAGACAUGCGGAUGUACCCGGAAGUCAGACGACUUCAAAAUGCUGGACUGUGUCUGUACCGGAUAUGACCUAUUUUAUAUCUGCGAGAAACUGCCCGGAUCCGCAAUCACCACUACAGCCACCACACCAAAAACCUGUGGCGAUGGUUGGAUCUCAUCUCCUGAGAAAUGUUACUUUGUCUCCAAUACUGUUGCGAAAUCACAGUGGGCAAGAGCAGUAACUCGAUGUACUGAAAUGGGUGCUAAACUAGUGGAGAUCAAGUCGGACGAGGAAGGUCGAUUUAUAAUGGAGAAUCUGCCGAGUCAUGCCAGAGAUGAAAUUAUAUACACAGGACGUAAGAGGAAUGAUGGGGACGUUUGGGUCUAUAUCAGCAACGAUGAAGUUGUCAAGACGACUGAGAGGACAUGGGCUAGUGGGCAACCAGACGGAGGGACACAGAGGUGUGGAUGUACGAGAAAGUCAGUUGACUUUCUGAUGUUGGACUGCUAUUGUACCGGAUAUUAUCUCUACUAUAUUUGCGAGAUUGCGCGUUAGUCAUUUCCUGUCAUAAAUGUCACGAAAUCUAUAGUGGUAAUAUUAUUUCUUUUUUUGUUUUGUCAUACAAAGCUGUCCUUCCAAAUUUCAAAAAAAUAUCAAUAGAAACAUUAAAAAACAUAAUGUGCAUAAACAAAUAACCAGCAAAGAAAUAAAAGGAAUCAUGUAAAGGACGA